AUGUUCAUUUUCCUUUCCCACCCCUUGACUUUCUUCUACUUUGAUGGACCUUCCCUCUUCUACCCCUCGACUUUCUGCUACUUUGAUGCACCUUCCCUCAACCCUUGGACUUUCUGCUACUUUGAUGAACCUUCCUUCUGUGAAGGCCCCUCGGCUUUCUGCUACUUUGAUGAACCUUCCCACUGUAAACCCUUCGACUUUCUGCUACUUUGGCAUUCCCUCUGUGAGGCCCGAAGUCAGCUAAAUGGCUAA